CCCAAUUUUUCCAAAACACCACCCGUUGACAACAAGAUCAUGGUCAGCUUCAACGACUUACCAGCCGAGCUAAUCCACAAGAUAGUCGGCUUCACACUCCAGCAACCAUCGGCCCACAAUUCUCGGGACUCAAACCCAGGGGGCGCUCAUUUUGGCCUCGACCAUUUCGGAGUCGAGGCGGCAUUACGGAGACCGAGAGUUGGUCCGGUUGCCACCCAAUUGGAUCAUCAUGUGGAUCCGGACGCCAAUUUGCUUCAUCACGCCAAUCCAACCAAUCUGCCGAGAGUAUCAUGGCCAGACGGUCUCCCCCGUAACCCGCUCUUAGCAUUAUCGUUAGUGAACCGCCCCCUUCGACGAUGUGCCCAGGAGAUGCUCUUCAGGAAGGUGGGAUUAGCAUCCGAAUGGCAGGCGCACUUAUUCUUGCGGGCGCUAAGUCGACCAUCUUUGGAUGAUGGAUCAGCACCAGUCGAUCAGGCGCACAGCUCUCAAGAGAACGGGACGGAGAUCGAACAGCGGUCUGGAAACGCGUGUCCAAACAGAUUGGGGCAAUAUGUUCGCGUGGUAGAUUUCGAAUGGGGUGGCCCUCGCUCGAUGGGAAGAGGGGGCGGCUUUCUGCUCUGUGACAUCAUCCGGUCCUGUCCAGAAAUCGAACACAUCACCAUCCGAGCUAGGUUCUUCAACCGCUGCCAAGAGCCGAUCUUUAAAGCCCUUGCUAGUUGCCGAAGGAUCCAGGCAUUCGUCACUGGCGAACACUGUACACGUCCCACCGUCUUCCAAUGGCGAAUCGACGAGCUGGUCGAUCGGUUAUUCUCUAAGUGGGACUCCCUCCAUACGAUCGAUGUUACCGGACUCUGUGGCCCACUAAUCCAGACGCCCGAGACGAUUCCAAAAGCUAUCCCGGCAAUCAAUCAUGCGCUCCGAUCGAUCAUAUUAACAUACGCUGAUUUAGACGAGUUCGAGCUCUCCUCAGUCCUAAGAGGCUCGCUCAAGAGCUUGUUGACGCUGAAGAUCAUCUAUCCCAGCUCGAGGCUCGACCGAUCCGGCUUGUGUCGAAUCCUCAAAGAGGACACCAACCCUGACUUAGAGAUCCUGCUAAUCUGCGUAGAACCUGCAUGGCACCGGAUCCGAAGGAGCUCGGAGACUUCUGAUGACCCGGAGACAAAUUGUGGCCUCAUAGACAUCAUCUUCAAGACCUCAGAUGCGCCCCUGAGGAAGCUCAAAACCUUGUCUGUUGAAGGCACUAUCAUCGGCUCAAAUUUCCUGACCCUUCUCCCCCAAUCUCUCGUCAAACUUCAUUGUGAGAAAACUGGCCUGCAAUCUGCUGCACUUGCCAAGAUGCUCUCGAGCUCUUAUAAGCCUGAUCCGCCCGCUGGCUCGGAUACACCUGGGAAAUGGUUGCCUAAUUUAUUAUGUUGCUCGAUUCGGGAGGAUACCUCAUGGCCCAGAGAAGCACGAAAAACGAUUGAACAGAUCUUAAAAGAUCGAGGAGCUUGUUUUCACGCAAUGUGUGGAUUCACAGAUUCGGAUGAUGAUGAAGAAGGAGAAGGGCCGCUGAGGCAGUUUGGAUUUGUGGAAGACAUGGAUAUGGUACAUAAUUUCGAAGUGGGCCCUCACUUUCCAUAGUGUAGAUCGAUCAAGUGUUUUUUUUUUUAAAUUUCUAACUGAACCUCAUCUACAUAUGUUAAAUCAAAAUAUGGCCGUGAUUCGGCUCUCAUGUCUGUUUAGUAAUCCUUGUAUCUUAACCAACUGCUCCUGAUUAUAAAUUGUUUACUAACCCCAGUCAAGAGGGACACAAGAUCAAGAGCAUUGCGGGUUUCAUGGUCAAGCCGGUCUUGACUCUCAGUCAAAUGUCAGCCAGAUUUUCAUCUGGCCCGGACCACAUCAUCUGCUAGUUUCUCUGUAAAUAAAGCUUCAUGAUCCCAUGAUUUAUGCAAUCAAAAAAGGAG